CUUGACUCGUCGCCGGCUUUCCCCGCCAGAUCUCGCUUUCCCCCCAACCCCCACCUAACCGCCGGCGGCCGCCAUGAUGGCCGCCGAGUCCCCGGCGACGGUGAACCACCCCGCUGACCAACACCUCGAGACCCUCGCCCUCGAUUCCUCAUCUGCCGCAUCGGCCGCUGCUUCUACCGACCCUCUGCUCCACCCUCCUCCCUCCCCUUCGCCCCCCUCCGCUCGCGCCGCAGCCGCGAACGGCGACCCGUUCGUCGAAGAGAACGGCGAGGAUGAAUCCCCUCCGAUCCUCCCCACCCCCGACUCCCCGGUCGUUUCCCGCGAGCCGUCACCGUUGUCCUACCAGAUCACCGUUACCGACCCCAAGAAGCACGAUGAGGCCGCCACCGGAGCGGCGGGCGUCAUCCCUGGCUCCGGCAGCUACUUCUCCUACCUCGUCACCACCCGGACCGCCGACGGCAGCGAGUUCCGCGUGCGGCGGCGCUUCCGCGACGUGGUGACCCUCGCCGACCGCCUCGCGGCCACCCACCGCGGCCUCUUCGUCCCGGCGCGCCCCGACAAGAGCAUCGUGGAAGGGCAGGUCAUGCAGCGGCAUGAAUUCGUGAACCAGCGCUGCGUCGCGGUCCAGCGCUACCUCUGCCGCAUCGCCGCGCACCCCACCGUUGCCCGGAGCGAUGACUUCCGUACCUUCCUCACUGAUCCUAGCGGUAUCCCGACCUCCGAGGGCGAGUCGCCCAGGUUCAACCCCUCGAUUACUGCCGCCUCGCCGACGGCUGUUACCACACCAACGACGCCUACAAAGGGCGGGCGAGACUUUUUUGGUAUGUUCAAGGACCUGAAGCAGACGGUUGCGAAUGGGUUGAUGGCGGUGAGACCGCCUCCAGUGGAGGAGGAGACUGACGCAAAGUUCCUCUUCCACAAGGCCAAGCUCGAGCAACUGGAGCAGCAACUCGCAGCGACAUCUCAGCAGGCAGAGGCGUUUGCUAAAGCUCAUGAGGAUUUUAGAACAACUACAGCUCACUUGGGAAUGACAUUCGUUAAGCUGGCAAAGUUUGAAAAGGACCAAUCUACAUGCAGUUCUCACAGAACUCGAGCUGUUAAUAUUAACAAUUUUGCAAAUGCUGUUGUCAAAGUCAGCAGGUCUCAGACAAAACUGGAUGCUGAAAUUGUGAAACAUCUGGACACUAUCCAUAAAUACCUGGAGACGAUGACUUCUGUUCACAAUGCAUUUACUGAUCGCUCUAAUGCUUUGCUUCAUAUCCAAAGUCUAUCAUCUGACUUAUUUGCUUUGCACAACCGGGUGGCGAAACUUGAAUCUGUGUCAUCAAGAGGAAUAGAUCAGGAGAGGACGAGGUAUCAGAAGGUUGAAGAACUGAAAGAAACAAUAAGAACAUCAGAAGACGCGAAAAGUCAUGCACGCAAAGAGUAUGAACUUAUCAAGGAAAACAACAUGAAUGAAAUUAAGAGAUUUAAUAAAGAGAUACGCCAGGAUUUGGUGGAGAUGAUGAAAGGCUUUGUAACAAGUCAGGUUGAACAGUCAGAUAAUAUUGCUAGUAUAUGGGCAAAGUUAGCAGAAGACACAAAAGGAUAUGCAGAAAGGCGCAGCUGAAGUAGGAUGUAAAUAUAGGUGUGAAUUUUGAGCCAUUCAUCUGCAGCAUCAACAUUGGUGUUACCGCAUUGAGAUUCAUGUCAUCACUCGCUCGGUGAUUUCGGCGAUAUGUGCAGAUACAGUUUCCACUCCUCAAGGGGCACCGCACCGGGUCAAGGAUUUUCUUGGAUGUAGCUAUCUCCGGAUGUGUUACCUGAAAAUUUGUCAGGAAAGAAAGAACAAAUCCCUUGAUCGCAAAACCGACACAUCUGCUUUCCCCCCAGUUUUUCCCCACCCUGGGUUUAUUAGCUGUAAUGCUGAGUUUUCUCUGUACAAUUACGCGGCACUAGCUGACUGGAGCUCCAUGCUUCCUGAAAGAACCGUAUACAUGAGAAAGAUUCUUUUCAGUCCUUCA